UGAGGUCGCAAUCGCAUGAUUUUGGAGAGAAUGGCAGCAGCUGGAGAGGAGGUGAAGUUGGUGGGUAGUUGGGGAAGCUCCUUUGUGGUCAGGGUGGGGAUCGCCCUCCACCUCAAGGGGGUGGGCUACGAGCUCUCGCAAGAGGAGUACGGGAAAAAGAGCGAGCUCCUCCUCAAGUCCAAUCCCGUCUACAAGAAGAUGCCCGUCCUCAUCCAUAAUGGCAAGCCCAUUUGCGAGUCCAUGAUCAUCGUCGAGUACGUCGACGAGGUAUGGGCCAGUGCAGGGCCUUCCAUCCUCCCCGCCGACCCCUAUGAGCACGCCAUCGCUCGCUUCUGGGCUGCAUACGUCGACGACAAGCUUCCAUCGGCAGUCCGGAUCUUGAUGGGAGCGCUUGAAGGGAGCAAGGAACAAGCAAUAGAACAAAUAUUCACCACCGUCCAACUGCUGGAAGAUGCUUUCACGAAAUGUUGCAAAGGGAAAAAAUUCUUCGGCGGGGAGACUAUUGGCUACAUCGAUAUCGCCUUUGGUAGCUGCUUGGGGUGGCUGAAGGCAGUUGAGAAGAUGUUCGGCGUCAAAUUUUUUGACGGAGAAAAGUCACCUCUUUUGGUUGGAUGGGCGGAGCGUUUCUGUUCCAACGAUGCCGUGGUCAAUAUUAUGCCACAGGUCGAAAUGUUGAUAGGAUACAGCAAGGCUUUUGAAAAAAAGAAUUGAGCAUGGUUCUAGCAGCCGUAUAUGCGACCCUGCAGAAAGCACUACUCUGUUUUAUUCAGUGGGAAAGCUUGUGCCCUGACAAAAACAAAGACAGCUACCAAUCACUGCGGGAUCUUCUUGGCCCUGUUCUAUUGAGUUUAUAUCUCUGCAACUUCUUGUUCUCCUCUGUUCUUGGUUGUAACCUGUUGCUUUCAUUUUGUCCACCUCUGUUUUUGGUUGCUCUGAGGCACCGUAACAUGUUAUCUCUGUUCCAUUGCAAUCUCUGUUCUUUUGACGUAGCUGGGGGAAGCUCUUCUCUUCCUCCAAUUCUUUCAAAAAAAGAAGAAGAAAAGAACAGAGUUUUCAUUAGCAUAAUGAGCUUGCUAGCUUGACAUGAUCUGCUAGGCCUCUACAUCUAUAUGCAUGCUUCUGGUAUCAUUAUUGUACUAGUUUUGUUAAUGGUUGUGAAUUGAGAUCAUCAUUGUCCAAGAA